UGAAAUGAUUGAUGGUGUCAAACAGUUGAGCAGUAGUGUGUAAAAUCGUAAGUAAUUAGUCCAGGUUUAUGGUGUUGUUUAUAGUUAAGUCUAUAAAUAUAAUUUAGUUAAAAUGGAUUACUAGUUAUUGAAGAUACCGAUUAUAAACACUGGAAGUAUUAAUAUAACUCAUAAUUUUGUUUUUCUGUGAUUUAAAGUAUGCAGUUUUGUUGAGAUCAAAGGAUAAUAAUAAUGACUGUUUAAUUGAAUGGCUAGUUUCGAUAUUUAAAUACGAUUUUUUAUAAUAAUGGCUUUGAUAACACCAUGGGAAAAGUUACAACAUCAUAACUUGCAAGGUGAAGAUUUUCAACGUAUUUAUGGCGAUCAUUUUCCUAUUGAAGUUCGUCAGUUAUUAUCACCUUGGUUUGAAACAAAAGUUUGGGCUGAUAUUGAUCCUGAUAAUUUAGAGCAUGAAAACUACAUUAAAGAUUUAUUUGUUUCAUUUGUGAAUGAAAUAUUAGCUAAAGCAAAUUCUUCUAGUACAAAUGAUUUGUUUGUAAAUAAAUUGAAGUUGAUUGAAACUGCAAAGCUAUAUAGGGAAAAGUUUUCUCAAAAUCCAAAAGAAUUGAUAAGAAUAAUUAAAAAAUGUUUAGAAUCAGAAUCAUUAUUAGCUCAACAAAAUAAUUCAAUAAUGGAGGUAAAUACAAAAACUUCUCAAGAAAUGGAAAAUAUUGAAAUAAUGCAACAGAUGGAUUUAAUUAGCAACCACAUAACACAUACUAAUGAAAUCCGCAUGAAUAUACAGUCUGAAAUUGAUUCAUUCAAUAUUUUAUAUUCUGAAUGUGCUAAAUGCACUCAACAUUUACAACAUAUAAGAAACCAAAGAAUGAGUAUCCCUCAAGGACCAGAAAUUGAGCGUAAAUUAAAACAAGAAAAAGAACUUUAUGAAGGACAAUUAAAAACUCAAUCACUAAGUCUUAACAAUGCUCUCUGUGUUUACAUUAACAAACUAAAUGAAUCAUUAAAUUUACUCAGUCCUGUACAAAGUCAUAUAAUUGACAAAGCAUUAAUUCAAUGGAAGCGUGAACAACAGUUAACUGGAAAUGGAUAUAAGUAUAUAAAGGAUAUUGAUGUUAUUCAAAUUUGGUGUGAAAAGUUAUGUGAUUUAAUAUGGAUUACUCGCUCACAAAUAAAAGAAGCUGAUAGAUUUAGAGUUAACUUGGGUCGUUAUUUUGAGUUGCCACAAUCGUGUGAGAUAAUUAAUUCGCUUUUAGAUUUAACAACGCAACAUCUUGCAUCAUUAGUAUCUAGCACUUUUGUUAUUAUAACUCAACCUCCACAAGUUUUGAAGACUAAUACAAGAUUUGUUGCUGAAGUCCGUUUACUCAUUGGUGGUAAAUUAAAUAUUCACAUGACAUCCCCUGUGGUUAAAGUUUCUAUUGUAAGUGAAACUCAAGCAAAUCAAAUAAUUGGAAGAAAUAAACCUGAUGGUGAAUCUUGUGGAGAAAUUUUGAACUGCUCUGGAAAAAUGGAAUAUCAACCAGUGCAAAGACAUUUAUCAACUAAUUUUCGGAGUAUGCAGUUGAAAAAAAUUAAGCGCACUGAAAAGAAAGGAACAGAAUCUGUUAUGGAUGAAAAAUUUUCUAUACUAUUUUCUUCAAAAUUCUACAUUGGAAAUGAACUUCAAUUUGAAGUUUGGAAUUUAUCUUUACCAGUGGUAGUUAUUGUUCAUGGUAAUCAAGAUCCUCAUGCAUGGGCUACAGUCACUUGGGAUAAUGCAUUUGCUGAACCAGCUCGGGUUCCAUUUAGCGUACCUGAUAAAGUACCAUGGAGGAAUGUUGCUGAAGCCUUAAAUAUGAAGUUUUUUGCGGCAACAGGACGUGGGCUUUCUGAAGAAAGCUUAACCUUUUUAGCUGAAAAAGCUUUUAGAAUGCAAAAUGUUGAUUUUAAUCAUAUGGUAUUAUCAUGGUCACAGUUUUGUAAAGAACCAUUACCUCAAAGAAGUUUUACGUUUUGGGAAUGGUUUUAUGCGGUUAUGAAAAUAACUAGAGAACAUUUAAAAGGACCCUGGACAGAUGGAGCAAUAAUGGGAUUUAUUAGAAAGUCUGAUGCUGAAGAAAUGCUUACCAGGUAUGCUACUGGUACAUUUUUGUUACGAUUUUCUGAUUCAGAACUUGGAGGAUUAACUGUAGCAUGGGCUGGCUCUAAUGAAUCUGAUGCUUAUAGUUUACACCCAUUUUCUGCCAAAGAUUUAUCAAUUCGCAACUUAGCUGAUAGGUUGUUAGACCUGCCAUAUCUUACAAAAUUAUAUCCCGACAUUGAUAAAAAUCAAGCUUUUGGGAAAUACUAUUCACAACCACCAAAUGUUAGUACUCCUGUUACAAGUAAUGGAUAUUUGAAACCAUUACUGGUGACUCAUGUCCCUGGAUAUAAUGUGCCUGGAACUAAUGGACAAGGAAUAAAUAGUUAUCCAAAUACCCCUCAAAAUCAUAUGUUUCAUGUCAAUAGUCCAGGAAAUGGAAGUAUCAGAGAAACAUCAUCUGUACACAGUGAACCAGUCAAUAAUGUUCUUUCUUCAAGUAAUAAUUCCCCAACUAAAUUGAGAAUGGUGACUACAGAACUUUAGUGAAAUAACCCAAAAGCUAAUAUAAAAAGUAUGAUGACAUUUGGAAAUGACUCCCUAGAAAUGGAUUUCCCAUCAAACUUAAAUGACAUUUCGCAUGUGGAUGAAGCAUUCUUUUAGUAAAAAUAAAUAAAAAAGCAAGUUGAUUGUGUUGUACUUAAAAUUAGUUGAAACUUUUAAUGUAAUAAUAAUUUAUUAGUGCAUACAUUUUAUUGCUUGUGUUAGUGUUAAAUUUUUACUAUCUUAUAUUACAUUUUUUCUUUUUUAUAUCAUUUCAGUUUUUAAUGUUUGAUGAAUGUAUAUUCAGUGACCUAUAUUUUUAUCAGAGUUUUAAUUUGAAGCUCUUUUAUGAUAUUUUUUACUAUCAUCGUAGAUAUAUUUUUUUUACAGUUAACAUGCAUUUAUUAUAAUUUACUAUUAUUAUUUUAUACUAAAAAUUUUUGUGACUAUUAAGUUUUUAUGGUGCCUAGUUGAAAAAAUGCUUCUUUUUGCUAUUACUAUUAUUCUUAUUGUUUGAUAUUUUGAAUUAAUUAAGAUGUUAUUAUUAUGUAUUGCUUUUGUAAAAUUUUUAUUUAAUAUUUUGUACUUCAAUAUUUCGACUUAAUGUCAAUUAUUUAUUGAAAUUUUAGUAUACAAAUAACUCAUUGUCCCUUAUUUAAUCUUUGUAUCUAAAUAAUACUCAAUUAGUGUUUUAAUGGGUAAUGCAUAUUUAUAUAGUGAUAUUUGUAUCAUUUUAAAUGUAUAAGAUUGUGCUAAUAUGAAUUAUUAUACAAUAUAUUAUAUUAAUAAUAUAUUUGAAAUUGUUUUAGUAGUUACUCAAAUUAAUUCAUUGUAGUUGAUUUAAUUAAUUAAAAUAAAUUAUAAAAGUGAGUAUUUUUAUUUUAUGUUAACCCACAAUUUGAGUUAAAACAAUUAUUAUAAUAAUAAAAAAUAUUUGCAAGGUUAUAUUUUUUCAAUAUACAUUUUUAUUAUUUAGUUAAACAUUUAUUGUGAUUAUUUUUAAAUGUUUUAUUAUUUUACAUUAUUAUUAAAAAUAACAAUGUCUUUUUGUAUAAAGGAAAACGAAUGGUACACUACAGUUCUACAAUUUCAAUUUUUAUAUUAUUAUUAAUGGUAAGAUAUAUAAAAACAAAUUUAAUUGAAUUAAUAUUAAAUAGAACAUUACUUAGAAUAAUGAUUACUAUUUAACUUAAUGUUUAUCGAAAUACUAUAAAAGCAUAACUGAUUACUAUAAAAUCUAUAUUAAUGUUUUAUGAUAAAAUUACUUAACAUUAUUAAUAUAAGUUGAAAAAAGAAAUGUUGUGACCUUUGGAUUUACACAGAGUACUGUUGUGGACCAAUCGGUAUUUCCUUUUUUAUUAUUGAAUUUUUAGUGUUUGUUAUACUUUCAUUAGAGUUGAUAUAGCAUAAUUUAAAGUUAUUUACAAUGUAUAAUAUUUUGCGUAAUUGACAGAACUGCCUAAGUUUUUAAAUUUUAAUUAAAAAAUAAAUUAAAAAAUUAUUCUUUAA